UUUGGACAAUCCUGCAGCUGUCAAAUUGUGUUGGUGUUUUGUGAAGGAUUUUCCUCAAGAUCUCGAGCUUUUUCCACCGGUAAGAUGAGUGAAUUGCUAGAAUUGGAUCCCGAUAAGCUCUUCCAGCAGCACACAGUAUCAGAAAUUGAGCAGGUCAGCAAAAAUCUGCAGAAUGAAAUUGAGAAACGAAGGGAAAACUUGCGAACGAUGGUUGGGGAAAGGUAUCGGGAUCUCUUGAAGGCUGCUGACACGAUAAAUGACAUGAAGGGGACUUCGAGUUCAGUGCUGCAGCGAAUUGAGGGCAUUCUUGAGCUGUCCGGAAAGGUGAAGGGAAACCUGAAGACAAGCAAAGAAGUUCAGCGGAGGAACGACAAAGGCCAGAGGAUUCUCGUGAGGAGUAAGUAUUACGGCGUUGUGGUGCAGAUUCACAUCCUCACGGUGCUUCCGGAGAUGAUUUGGACGCACUUGCAUCACGACGAGUACUUCUUGGCCGCUCAGUUGUUCGCCUUCUCGCGCCACAUCAGCACGGAUCUGCAGCUGAACGACAACGACAGCGUGGUGAGGCACUUUCCAGUGGCCACGCGGCAAUGGACGGCGCUGAAGCCAUUCCUGGAGAUCAUCAGGGAUCAUUGCUUCGCCACAUUGGGCAGGGAAAGCCUUCCGGCCGGCGUGGCGUCGAAGUGCUUGGCGAGUCUCUUGCUGUUGGAGUCCAGCAAUGUGGACGCUCUAUUGGCCGUCUUCAUAGAACUGAGGAUCAAGUCCUUCCUGAACAUCCUAGCUGAGGAUCAGGAGACGGAGAAGCCGCGGAAGGUCAAGGAUAAGAUCCUGACCAGUCUUCAGUUGCUAAACGAGAGCUGUGAAGUGAUGUUUGAGUGUUUUGUCAGCAAAGACGGACUGCUUAUGAGGGAAAUCCGUGAUUUGGUGGAAAAGGAGGCGACAAUAUCACUGAUAAAGUUCGACAAUCCUGAAGUUUUAAAGGCUCUUCCGGGAAUUAUCACUGAAUUCAAGCCUCAAGUGAGCAUGAGUGAAAUCAAGGCGGAAUCAUUUCAGAGGAUGACGAAUUCCUGGCUGGAGAAACUCAAUUUGGCCACUAAAACUGCUCUCAAAUCUUUGAUAGACUUGAUAUCGUCUGUGAAAGUGAUUCAUGACAUCAAGCGUCAGGCGAUGGCAAUGGAAAAGCCGCGAGAUUGGGAAAGCAUUUGCCAGAAGCUCUAUCUUCCUGAGGAUUUCGCUGUAUACGAGUAUUUCUACCAGAAGCUUCUGAAUGAGAGAGUGAAGGACAUCAUCGAGACUUCCUGGGAAGGAACUCUCGAGGCAGUUCAGCAAGAUGUGGAGAAACUCAUCCAAACUCCAGAGAAAUCAUCGAAUAGUGUGAGGAAAAUGGUCUGGACAGAAGAGGCUUCGGACAUUCCGCAGAGUCUGCAGCAGGCGAUGAGUCCGGACCAGAAGAGUCACAAGUUGCUGAUGAAGACUCGAGGAUACUCGCCAGGAAUCGUGGCGGUUUGCGAGAGUCUGGAUAAGAGACUGGAGUUGCUCUUCAGUGACCUCAGCAACUAUGUUUCCGGGGAGAGUCAGAGGCUUUCCGAUGAGAUCACAGACACGCUCAGGGAAUAUCUUGUGGAGUGCAGCACAGGAAGGAUUCUAAAAUUUGUGACAUUCCUCAAGUCCGGCCGCUUCAAGGAGACGCAGAACAAUUCCAUAAAUCUCGCGAAGCUUCUUCAGGCAAUCGGUGAGCUUUGUCCAUACUUGAAGUGCUGCUUAUCGCGGAGGAAUCCUCACUCUGAGGAUGACGACGUGGAGAAGUGGGUGGAAAUUUGCCGGAGACUUGAAGAGGAGAGUCUCUAUUUCUGGAAUUUGUGGCUCACGUCGUUUCUCAAAGACAACCAGCAAAGCUACGGGAAGAAUUCAUCUCCAGCAACAGUUCUCAGUGGAAUUCUGCAGGAAUUUCCCAACUGGGAAGUCAUCAAUCUCGAGGAGAAGAACGAGCAGGACGUUGUGCUGAAGUCUUCCAUCAGAGUGCCUUCACAACCGAGUUUCUCGCUUCAGCAGAAGCUCUUCAAUCUCUGUCGAGACCUCAACCAAAUCGCGCCCCACACAAUUCCUCGAGUGAUUGUCAAUCGCCUUGUUGAGAACGUCGUUCAGCAUCUCUUCGAGUUCUACAACUUCCAGGCGGACACAGAAUUGAUCCAGACAAAUCAGAACAUCGCUCUGCAGUACUUCUUCGACGUGAAGUUCCUUCUGCUCGCGCUCGUGACGCGCGAGAAUAAGAGUCUCACGGAGAAAGGACAAUCUCUAGGGCAAACAUUUAAGUCGCGCGUGGAUCCGUUCGACUUUGAGAUGUCCUACGAUUACGUGAAUGCCAAUGUGAAGAAGUCCGCCCAUCGCGUGCUCCAUCAGCUGGGCUGCAUCAUUCCGAACAUGGACUAUCUGCUGGCUAUGCUGGGCAAUCGCCAGGCGAGCGCCGCGCAGGAGAAGGAGCCCAACAUCCUCGCCAUUUCCGGAACGGGAGCGACUGAGGCGGUUUCCUGGUUCCCCCUGCUGCCCAUCAUCUCGUCCACCGCAAUGCCAACAACGAAGCCCUCGCCUUCGGCUCAGGCGACAGAGAAGCACAUGGGCGGUGCGGGAAAAGCAAGAAGAGCCGAAGAUACACGGCAAUCGUCUGUAGUCAGCACGACGCAGAAUUACGCCAGCAACGUUAAGUCCGGAGCGGCAGCGUUCUUCGGCGCCAUGUCGCAGGAUUGGUUCAAGUCCUAAGCG